CUGGACUUUUUUCCUGUUGGCGUGCGCCGGACGCACCACGUUCCUGGCGUUACGGGGCACUUUAGUCAACUUUCGCUGGCGAUUAUUUGUUAUUUGCCUGGUUUUCUUUUUUCCGUUUCGACUCCUUCUCGGCAAUCCUGUUCUGUCACUUUUUUCCGAGCAUCGUGGCCAAUUUUGAGCCCUAUGGAAUUAAAAGUCACAGGCGAGACCAACUAGCCUGGCACGCCGUCGCACAGGUCGCACAGGGGAAGCGAUUUAGUGGGUCAAGACCAAUCGGCGCGGCCCACGUCGAAAAACCCCAGCGCAGCCCAACGUACAGCGAAUACCUAGACCUCACUCAAGAGCAUUGAAAAACCACGCCGGGUUAAAUUCUACAGGGCGACAGCCAGUGGUCGGCUGCCAGCGACAGCAACCCCCAGUUCCCCCAAGAGCCGAAAUACCGCAGGUAGGCGAAAAGAGGAUAUUGAGAACAAGGGGUAGAAUCAAAGGAUAGAAUCAAGGGCGGAGUACGGAAUACACUAGGUAGGUCUGGAGAACUUGGCUGAAGGACUGGACCGUUGAAGGCCUGCCGGGGUGAAAAUAUCAACGUAAACGAGCCAGGAUUGGAUUGGAGCGUGGGGAAGCAGGUGAGUGAGCGGGGAUAGAGGAAGAUCCGGGCGAUGACGGCGGACAGGGAAUAGAGAGGGAGGGAGAUUCAACAGGAUACGAUACGUGGAGAAGAAGAAGAAGAAGCAGCGCAGGGGGUUGGUUCUGUUACUGUGCGGGAUGUGAGAGUUUUCAAGAUGAGAAUGACGAUGAGGAUGAGGAUGAGUAUGACAAUGGGACGAUGACCAUGACGAUUAUGGUGAUUGAUGAUGGUGAUGAUGAUGAUGAUGAUGAUGGUUGGUGGUGGUGGUGGCAGCGGGUGGAAGAAGUAGAAGUUGGCAGUUGGCAGUUGGCAAGGCGGCGGAGGUUGAAAGAUACCGCAUUGGGCAAUAGGGAAGGCUGCUGCGGUAAUUUAUGUCGGCGAGGUGACAAUACGUGACGCGCGGUCAACCGCCGGUCCAGACCACUCUCCCCAGGGCCGAUCUAAAGACCCGUCGUCCCACCCAAAUCCCGCGCCACUGAGAGCCUUGCCACCUUGCUGACACCGUACCAGCUACCGUCUCUUUGCGUGAUACAGCUUGCUUUGAUCCUAUAUUGGUUCCAGCCGGCGGUUGAAGGGAAUCACACGCCACAGAAUAAUGGAAUGGAAUGAUAUCCAUUCUACACACUGGAAACCCUCGUUUCUACUGGGUUAUGGAUGAGCUACAAAGUUUGAUGCUUUGGGCAUUAGACGGGUUUUGCAAGGCUCGGCGCACGAGAAAUUCCCUAUCUUGGUUAGCAAGUGGCACGAAGCCUGCUUUUAAUAUGUGUAUUGAGCCGUGUAUAAUAUAAUCUGGUGCAAGACUAGACAGCGCAGGUAAAGUCCAAAUCAGUGGGUGGAUUAAAGUACCCCAUUCUAGCUGGUUUAUCAGGAUAGUGCAAUUUAAUAAUUACAUGGUGGAUAUUUAAAGCCCACCUUGUACUUGGCAACUAAGC